GCCUAGAUAGGUAAAUAGAUGGAGGUUGCCAUCUUUGAUGUCCUACUAGACUGUACCAAGGCAGGGAGGGGGCUGUUUAGGAACGGGGUGUACCCACGUCGUGGCCUGUCGUUUGGACUCAACUUGCAGAGGCGUGUCAGCAGAAGAAAUCCUGGAAAUAGCCUCACGUUACCAUGGCCAGUCCCCCCUCCAGGGAUCAGGCAGACCGAAUCAGGUACAUAAAAGGGGACCUUUUUACCUGCCCCAGAACGGACUCAUUGGCUCACUGCAUCAGUGAGGACUGUCGCAUGGGCGCUGGGAUAGCUGUCCUAUUUAAGAAAAAGUUUGGUGGCAUACAGGAGCUGUUGGAUCAGCAGAAGAAGUCUGGAGAGGUGGCCGUUCUGAAAAGAGAUGACAGAUAUAUAUAUUACCUGAUUACGAAGAAGAAAGUCUCCCACAAACCAACAUAUGAGAAUAUGCAAAAGAGUUUAGAAGCCAUGAAAACUCAUUGUUUGAACAACGGGGUUACUGACAUUUCCAUGCCUAGCAUCUCAAAGAAUCCCAAGGGUCUUCCCAACUCCCCCCAUGCUGCACCACUGAAAUGCAGCUACUUCUGGGCCAGAAAACAGCAACCACCCUGCUGCACCAACACUGUUUGCUGAAACCUGGAUUGUCCCUCCAGAUGCAGAAGGUGAGAGAAGAAGCCAAGGUCAGCCAGGCCAGAUAAGGCACCAUCAGCAUUGUUGCCAUCUUGUUAAUGGGGUACCAAGAGUACAUGGUGCCAAGCACCAGGCCAUAUAGGCACAAGAUGUCCACCAGAGCCUGAAGAAGAGAGAGCGAAAUGAUUGAGGCAUCUACUGCUGGGAUCGUAUUCUCCCUAUGCAUUGUAAGAGUAACUCUUAUCGAAGGCAGUCCAACGAGAGUAGGACUGUUAUGGGCUCUCCUGUUGACAGGGUAUUUUAUAGCCUGAUAAGCCAUCCACAAAUAGUGUGGCCCCUUAAAGUUCAUGGCCCUGCCUCUGGUUGGACCAGGGUGUGACACUCAAGGAGGCUUAUCUCUCGACGUAACUUCUUAACGGAAAGAUGCAGCAGCCAGAACACUGGCUCCCUAACCGCCCCGCUUUUCGGUCAGGAAUGCGAGGGACUGAUAACACUGGUUAGAAUCAAGUGUGGUGUGAGCAGACACUGAGCUCUGCUAAUAUGCCUUUACAGUUGACACAGGGUACAGCACUACCUGGUGCUCACUGUAGACCCGCCGAAAGGCGCCAAACUGGUGGCGCAGAGACACAGACAACACAAGACAAAUAUGCACAGACACGUUACCAGUUUUAGCUUAUGAGCGCCAAAGAAUAGGGGAGUCCAAGCCCAGUUCAAGGCAAGCUGAGCCCCGUAGAGGCCCAGCGGGAUGACAGCUUUGCUGUUGAAGCCCCCUAAGUCAUUCCACACCAAAUAUGAAGCGUAGCUGUGAAGAGGAAAAUCACAAUUAACAUUUUGCUGUCCCACCUGGCUUCUCUCCAAGAUGCUGUGGGAUCAGGCACUAUUCUACCAGGAGGCACCGGUUUUUGCUCCAUAUAAUUCUUAUUAUUGGAACACAGCUCCAAGGGCAGAUCCCACCCUAGCCAAAGGCAGCUCUUAUGACUUGUCUACACUGGGUUUUGAGGGUGGGGUUUGCACCGAUGUAGCUACACUGAUGCAGCUCCUAGUCUAAACAUACCGCACUGGUGCAAAAGUGACUUGCGGUAGUGGGUUUGCACCAGCGCAGCAUUGGUGCACUUACAUCUGUGGCCUGCCAUCACAUCAAACUCAUGAUCUCUCUUGUCUAUUUAGGCAGUAAGUUCAUCUGGCAGGGAAUGUCUCUGGCUAUGGAUACAGUGCCUAGCACAAUGGGCCCCUGAUCUUAGCUGGGUUCUCAAAGUUCUACAGUUGUCAUCGUGAGCCUCAGUGCAAAAUAAACCCAGUGUAGACAAAGUCCCCGGCAAAAAAAAAAGUUCCAGGUGGAGCUGAUGAACUCAGCUCAGUAUCCAGUGGGGUGUUAUGUUCAUCUUCUGAAUAUAAACGUCCCUUUCCUGCCCACUUGGUCCUUGAGAAGGAAAGCUCCAAACUGAGCAGUGGAGGAGAGUGAAGUCUCCCCUAGAGAUAAAGACCUACAGAAACAGAGAAGGGGUAGUACACGGAACCUUACCCCAUGCCUGUGUACAGGGUAGUCCACACGACGGGGAACAUUUUGUUGGGUGGACGCCAAGAGGGUUUCUUCAGGCUUUCGAACCAAGUAGGCACUUCCUUCCGUGUCAAGAGCCAGCCGAGAAUUCCCCCGAUAUGAGGCAAGGCAGAGAACCCAAAAGCAUGAGCCCACAUCCCUCCUUACUGGAUUUAACUGGACUUGGGGUGGCUGGUCCUGGCGUUUUGUGACUAAAAAGCAAUAAGUGAGCAUCAUUUACAAAGGACAUUGGUUAUUUCCAUAUUGACCAAGAUCUUCCAGGUCUUUGCCUUACUCUAAUUGCCUGGAGGUCUUUUUGGCAAAGUGGCUACCCCCCAUCCCCACUCCCUGUCAUUGCACUGGCUGCUGCAAUUUCAUUAUUUACCUAACGUGGCUGCAUUGAAACCAUCCUUAGAAGACAGGACUGAAGUCACUUUUCUCAGUGCUUGUCCAAAUGCCACAGCUCACAGAGCGCACAAUCUCUCCUACACGUAUGCUGCUAGACCUCUCAAUGGAGCUAUUAUCUCUCUGCUGCAUGCUCCUCUCAGUAGGGAAAAACAGGCAGUUUGUCGUGGGACCCCCAUUUUCUUCUCUCUUCAGCUUAUCUCUCACCAUAUAUUUAUAUUUUAAAUAAACAUCUGUAGUGAGCA